UUCCCUUUUACUUCUAGGUUUCUUUAGACAGGCGUUUCAUUUUCAGUGGAAAUCGAGGUUAUUCCCCGUGAGCGCGUGUCGUGUGCAACCGCACCGUCCGCCCCGAUCUUAGAAACCCUACCUGCUUUAUUUUCCCCUUCCUUCCCCUAAAGAACAGAGCGGCGGCGGCGGCGGCGAGUUAGACUGAGAGAAGAGGCCGGGGAAGUUGAUACGGAGAUGGGGCCCCGACUACCAAGUUCGCCGGCUUUCGCAGUGAUGCGGAAAAGAGCAAGCAGCGGCUUAACGGCCUAUCUGAUUGCGAGGCAGGAGAUACAGAGGAAGAUGGACGAGUUGGCCGAGAAGGAGCUUGGGCCGGAUGGCAAGGAGAGGUUCCUUGCCACUCUACUCUCCCAAGACAAGAUGAGGUCGAUGGAGGAGAUGAUCGCCGAUUCGGCGCGCAACAUCUUCCAAGAAUUUUUUCAUAUGUUACACCAAUCGCCGAUGGAAGAGGAAGAAGAAGAGGAAGAGGAAGAGGAGCUGGAGCUGGAGGAGGAGGAGGAGGAGGAGGAAGAUGAGGAGGUAGAAGAAAAAGAAGAAGAGGAGGAGGAUGAAGAGGAAUUGGAGGAGGAGGAAGACGACGAGGAAUUACGCAUGACUGUUCAGGUAUCCUUCUUGUGCGACCAGAUCGGCGACCUGGUACUAGAACUUCUGAAGAUGGUUCCAGAUGAAGAGCCGGGAAAUCAAUUGCUGUCCUCGGUCACAAGGCUAAAUAGAUUGCAGUGGAUCACAGACAGCAUCAACAAUUUCGCCUCAGAAAUUCAGGUGAGGGUGUCGAGGGAACAAAUGAUAGAGAGAACACGCAAAGAGAAAGAGGAACAGAAGAGAUUCCUCCAACAGGGCCAGGAGGUGAGGACCUCGGAGAAGAAACAGGAGCAGGAGAGGACCUUGGAGGAGAGGGAAAUCAACGGACAAGUGAUGGUCGCCGGAGGCAGAUUAGUCACUAUGGCAACGGACAGGGGCUUGGAGGGUGAAGUGGUGAUCAGCGAGGCCGCAGCCGCAGCCGCGGAGUACGAGGAGGAGGCUUUUGCUCGCUUCCGUAGGGCCUGGGAGUGUCGCCAAGGUGCCAACAGCUUCGAAGACCUCACUUUGUUGAGUCCCAUGCUCUUUACACACUGUACACUGGGAUUCAAGCCAGUAGACGCUGUCCUCCCAAGGACUAUGCAUAUCUGUUCUAUCAAAGUUACUGACUUGAAAUACUUUAAAUGGCCACUGCAAGUAUAUGGUGUGGUUGCCGCCCGAGAUGCUGUGGAUGGGCGUCGCAACCCCAUCUUCCUUUGUCCAAGGGAUGACUGCCAAAUCCUCAAUGAAGCGGAUCCUUUUUUGCAUUUGACCGGUCCAAUUCGUGCAGUUGUGUCUGAGGAGCCCGUUGACAUUGAAAUCCAGUUAAUAAUAAAGGGCAAAACGGCGUCACAUUGGUGA